ACAAAUUGUCAGAAUCAGAAAAACCACUUUGACGUAACAAACAGCUUUAUAUUUUCACUCUGCGGCUAUUUCCAAAUUCAACUUCUUUGAUUGCUUUCAAUUUCCAAAACCCUAAAAAAUUGUUUUUACCGAUCGAAAUCGUGCCAAAACCCCAAGAGGGGUCUUAAUUUCAACAAUCUUCCGAUUAAUAUCAUCGUAUGCAAGUCCCUUUUCCCUAAUUGGAGAAACCAUCCAGCUCUUGGAUGCAUCUGCAUUCUUCAGCUAGGGUGUCCGCCUGAGUUGGCCAUUCUUCAGUUAUGGGAGCUUUAACCAACAAUAGGAAACGCGGGGACGAUUACUACAAAUCCCUUGUUUCAUUUUCACCCUCAAUUGACCAUUCAUAUAGUCACAUUUCGAAAAAGCCCAAGCUUUCAGUUCCUAUGAGUGAAAAGACCCCAGAAAAUAAUCGGCCCACAUCGUCAAUUUCUGUUGUUUCUAGAAUUUCUCAGUAUCCGGCUGGGAAAUCGGGGUUUCUGAGAGAAGUUCAUGCCCCGGUGAGGAAUUCAAGAUUUGGGCUUUUCUCUUCUGCUAAGAACACUGAAAGUACUGCUAGUUCUAAGGAAAGUCCAUCUGAUAACAUGGGAAGAUUUGGUUUCUUUCAUCGGUAUAAUGAAGCCAGAGAUGUAGCGAUUAGAAGUUUGAGGUAUACGUCUAUUGGGAAACAGAAGGAGCAAGAGGUGAUUGAGGUUGAUAGUGGGGAUGAGAACCGAGAUGAUGUCUAUGAUGAUUCUAGCAUUGAGGAGGUGGAAAUUGCCAAUUUUGAACAGAGUAAGUUGAAGGGGGAACACGGUGUGGGUGUGGAGAGUUCGCUGGAACUUAAUAUCAAGCUUGGGGAGAAAGGACUGGGAUCUCUGGAUUCUUCUGUGAUUACGGAUGUAAGUAAUGCAACUGCAAAAGUAGAAGAUGUGGAGAAGAUGGGAUUAAUGCAGUUGGACCAGGUACCAGAUGGUCCAGGGCUGCCCAAAUAUAAGAGGUUGUAUGAUGAAAUAGACAGAAAAUAUUCGAAGCUGCCUGUCAUAAAGUUUAGCAUAGAAUUAUAUAUAAAGUUUCUGCAACGGCUUCAGUUAUUUCGGUCUCAGAAGAAAGAAGAUCAAAUUAAGAAGAAUGUGAGUGAGGAAUGUUUUGUGCCUCUUACUGACGAGGAAGAGAGAGAAGUUUCUCGUGCCUUGUCCAAUUCGAACAGGAGAAAAGUUUUGGUGACUCAUGAGAAUUCAAAUAUUGAUAUUACCGGGGAAAUAUUACAGUGUUUGAGACCUGGAGCAUGGCUUAAUGAUGAGGUCAUUAAUGUGUACCUUGAAUUAUUGAAAGAAAGGGAAAAAAGGGAGCCCCAGAAAUUCUUGAAAUGCCAUUUCUUUAGCACCUUCUUUUAUAAGAAGCUGAUUAGUGGCAGGGGUGGCUACAAUUUUCAAUCAGUUAGAAGAUGGACCACACAAAGAAAGCUUGGCUAUAGUCUUAUAGAGUGUGACAAAAUAUUUGUGCCUAUCCACAAAGAAGUUCAUUGGUGUUUAGCAAUUAUCAACAAGAAGGACGAAAAGUUUCAGUAUCUUGAUUCACUCAAAGGAGGUGAUACUCGAGUCCUGAAUGUACUGACCAGGUACUUUGUUGACGAGGUGAAGGACAAGUGUGGAAAAGACAUUAAUGUUAGUUCCUGGGAACAAGAAUUUGUGACGGACCUUCCAGAGCAGGCAAAUGGGUUUGACUGUGGCAUGUUCAUGAUCAAAUACGCUGACUUCUACAGCAGAGACAUUGGACUAUGUUUUAGCCAGAAAAAUAUGCCAUAUUUUAGGCGGCGGACAGCCAAGGAGAUUUUGAAAUUGAGGGCAGAUUGAGGAAUCGAGAACUGGCUGCUUCAUUUGCCAUAUUAUACGAUUGAGUUGCAGAACGCAGAAAGAGGAAUUAUGCAUCUGUAGAUGAGAAGUAUUUAAAUCAGCUUUUGUUAUUCUCUAAAACAUGAAUCCUGUCGAGCACAUGGAUCAAUUGUCAUGAUCACAAUGAACUGAUGCAACCUUACCUUUGCAGUUGCUGGCCUUCUGCAAAAUAUGGCACUAUUGCUUGCUUGUGAAACUCAGAUCAUAAGGCAGGUUAUCCCUAUCAAA